GACUCAGCCCCGGGGAGGUAGCGGGUCUGGGAGGACAGGAGGACCCCACUUCCAUUGUGACGUUCUGGCGUUUUCCUUGGCUUGGAAGGGGCGAUGUGCCCUGCCGUCUCCCUCCGCGUUGGUGGGCCGUCCCUGCUCCCCGGACGUGCUACACUCUCGGCCCUCCUGUUAAAUUCUUCCUCUCCAUCAGCGCUUAGCUCCUACGUCUGAGAAAUUUCUCUAAACCUGUUUCGCCUUUUUAGCUCGGUCACAGCGCACAUCACCAGCUGUCUCAUUUUAUAGUUUCCCUAUUUGUGUUUACAUCUUGCUCUCUGAGGAGUCCCGGCGCAAGACCCGCGGCGUUUCACUUCUGUGUUUCUUGAUAUGUGCAACAAUGGACCAGAAAAUUUUAUCUCUAGCAGCAGAAAAAACAGCAGACAGACUGCAAAAAUUUCUUCAAACCCUGAAAGAAGAUGAUCUGGCUAAUCUCCUUCAGAAUCAGGCAGUGAAAGGAAAAGCUGCUGGAGCACUCCUGAGAGCCAUCUUCAAAGGUUUCCCCUGUUCUGAGGAAGCUGGAGCUCUUAGGAGACUUAAGAUAUACAGUUGUUGUGUCCAAUUGUUGGAAUCGGGGGAUUUGCAGAAAGAAGUAGCAUCUGAAAUCAUAGGAUUACUAAUGCUGGAGGUUCACAAUUUUCCAGGAGCAUUAUUGGUUGAAUUAGCCAGUGAGUUUGUUGAUGCUGUCAAACAGGGCAACCUAACGAAUGGAAAAUCUUUGGAGCUAUUACCCAUCAUUUUCACCGCCCUUGCUACCAAAAAGGAAAAUCUAGCUUAUGGAAAAGGUGAACUAAGUGGGGAAGAAUGUAAGAAGCAGUUGAUUAACACCCUCUGUUCUGGCAGAUGGGAUCAUCAAUAUGUAAUCCAACUCACCUCCAUGUUCAAGGAUGUCCCUCUGACUGCAGAAGAGGUGGAAAUUGUGGUGGAAAAAGUGUUGACGAUGUUCUCCAAAUUGAAUCUUCAAGAAAUACCACCCUUGGUCUAUCAGCUUCUGGUUCUCUCCUCAAAGGGAAGCCGGAAGAAGGUUUUGGAAGGAAUCAUAGCUUUCUUCAACAAGCUAGAUACGCAGCACAGUGAGGAACAGAGUGGUGAUGAGCUGUUGGAUUUUGUUACUGUACCAUCAGGUGAACUUCGUCACGUGGAAGGCACCAUUAUUCUACACAUUGUGUUUGCCAUCAAGUUGGACUGUGAACUAGGCAGAGAACUACUGAAACUCCUAAAGGCAGGACAGCAAGGAGAUUUCGGUAGUAAUAUAUGUCCUUUCAGCAUUGCCCUCUUCCUCUCUGUAACAAGAAUACAAAGAUUUGAGGAACAGGUAUUUGACCUUUUAAAGUCUUUGGUUAUAAAAAGCUUUAAGGAUCUUCAGCUUCUCCAAGGCUCAAAAUUUCUUCAGGAUCUAGUUCCUCAUAGAUGUUGUGUUUCAACCAUGAUCUUGGAAGUGGUAAAGAAUAGUGUUCACAGUUGGGAUCAUGUUACUCAGGGCCUGGUAGAACUUGGCUUCAUUUUAAUGGAUUCCUAUGGGCCAAAGAAGAUUCUUGAUGGAAAAACUAUUGAAGCCAGCUCAGGUCUUUCUAGAAUGCCAAACCAGCAUGCAUGUAAGCUGGGAGCUAAUAUCCUGUUGGAAACUUUCAAGAUCCAUGAGAUGAUCAGACAAGAAAUUCUGGAGCAGGUCCUCAACAGGGUUGUUACCAGAGGAUCCUCCCCCAUCACUCAUUUCAUAGACCUGCUUUCAGAUAUCAUCAUGUAUUCACCCUUAGUUCUUCAAAGUUGUUCUUCUAAAGUCACAGAAACUUUUGACUAUUUGUCCUUUCUGCCCCUUCAAACCGUACAAGGGCUGAUGAAGGCAGUGCAGCCCCUUCUAAAAGUCAGCUUGUCAAUAAGAGACUCCUUGAUACUUGUCCUUCGGAAAGCUAUGUUUGCCAGGCAGCUUGAUGCCCGAAAAUCUGCAGUUGCUGGGUUUUUGCUGCUCCUGAAGAACUUUAAAGUUUUAGGCAGCUUGUCGUCUUCUCAGUGCAGUCAGUCUAUUGGAAUUAGCCAGGUCCAUGUGGAUGUCCAUAGCCGUUACAAUUCUGUCGCCAAUGAAACCUUUUGCCUUGAGAUCAUGGAUAGUUUGAGGAGAUGCUUAGGCCAGCAGGCUGAUGUUCGACUCAUGCUUUAUGAGGGGUUCUAUGAUGUCCUUCGAAGAAAUUCUCAGCUGGCUAAUUCAAUCAUGCAAACUCUGCUCUCACAGUUAAAACAAUUCUAUGAGCCGGAACCUGAUAUGCUGCCACCUCUGAAAUUAGAAGCUUGUAUUCUGACCCAAGGAGAUCAGAUCUCUCUACAGGAACCACUGGAUUGUCUGCUUUGUUGUAUUCAACACUGUUUGGCCUGGUAUAAGAGUAGAGUGAUGCCCCUACAGCAGAAAGAAGAGGAGGAGGAAGAAGAGGGAUUCUACCAAGACUUAGAUGAUAUGUUGGAGUCUAUUACUAGUAGAAUGAUUAAGAGUGAACUAGAGGACUUUGAACUGGACAAAUCAGCAGAUUUUUCUCAGAGCACUGGUAUUGGCAUCAAAAACAAUAUCUGUGCUUUUCUUGUUAUGGGAGUUUGUGAGGUUCUAAUAGAAUAUAAUUUCUCUGUAAGUAAUUUCAGUAAGAAUAAGUUUGAGGACGUUCUGAGCUUAUUUAUGUGUUACAAGGAACUCUCUGACAUCCUUAAUGAAAAAGCUGGUAAAGGCAAAACUAAAAUGGCCAACAAAACAAAUGAUAGUUUUUUGUCCAUGAAAUUUGUGUCUGAUCUUCUCACCGCUCUUUUCAGGGACAGUACCCAAAGUCAUGAAGAGAGCCUGUCUGUUCUAAGGUCCAGCAAUGAGUUUAUGCGCUAUGCAGUGAGUGUGGCUCUGCAGAAGGUACAGCAACUAAAGGAAAUGGGGCAUGUGAGUGGCCCUGAUGGCAAAAACCCAGAGAAGGUCUUUCACAACCUCUGUGACAUAACUCGGGUCUUGCUUUGGAGAUACACUUCAAUUCCUACUUCAGUGGAAGAGUCGGGAAAGAAAGAGAAAGGAAAGAGCAUCUCGCUACUGUGCUUGGAGGGUUUGCAGAAAAUAUUCAGUGUCGUGCAACAGUUCUACCAGCCCAAGAUACAUCAGUUUCUCAGGGCUCUGGAUGCCACAGAUAAGGAGGAAGAGGUGGAAGUCAGUGUCACUCAAAGAGCAGCAUUCCAGAUCCGGCAGUUUCAGAGGUCCUUGUUGAAUAUACUUAGCAGCCAAGAAGAAGACUUUAACAGCAAAGAAGCCCUCCUACUCGUCACUGUUCUCUCCAAUUUGUCCAAGCUGCUGGAGCCCUCCUCCACUCAGUUUGUGCAGAUGUUAUCCUGGACAACUAAGAUUUGCAAGGAAAACAGCUGGGAGGAUGCCUCAUUUUGCAAGGGCUUGAUGAAUUUGCUCUUCAGCCUCCAUGUUUUGUGUAAGAGUCCUGUGACCCUGCUGCGUGACUUGUCCCAGGAUAUCCAUGGACAUCUUGGAGACAUAGACCAGGAUGUAGAAGUGGAGAAAACAAACCACUUUGCAGUGGUGAAUUUGAGAACAGCUGCCCCUACUGUCUGUUUACUUCUUCUGAGUCAGGCUGAGAAGGUCCUAGAAGAAGUGGACUGGCUAAUCACCAAGCUUAAGGGACAAGUGAGCCAAGAAAUUAUACCAGAAGCCUCUUCUCAGGCAACCCUACCAAAUCAUCCCAUUGAGAAAGCCAUCAUCAUACAAUUGGGAACUCUGCUUACAUUUUUCCACGAGCUGGUGCAGACAGCCCUGCCAUCAGGCAGCUGUGUGGACACCUUAUUAAAGGACCUUUGCAAAAUGUACACCAUUCUUACAGCGCUUGUCAGAUAUUAUCUCCAGGUGUGUCAGCACUCCAGAGGAAUUCCGAAAAAUAUGGAAAAGCUGGUGAAGCUGUCAGGUUCGCAUCUGACCCCGCUAUGCUAUUCUUUCAUUUCUUACAUACAGAACAAGAAGAGUAAGAGCCUAAAACAUACAGGAGAAAAGAAAAAGGAGAAAACCGCUGCUGGGCCCACAGCCAUGGCCAGAGCUCUUCGGGAAACCAAGCCAAUCCCUAAUCUCAUCUUUGCCAUUGAACAGUAUGAAAAAUUUCUCAUCCACCUUUCUAAGAGGUCCAAGGUGAACCUGAUGCAGCACAUAAAGCUCAGCACCUCACGAGACUUCAAGAUCAAAGGGAACAUCCUGGACAUGGUUCUUCAAGAGGAUGAGGAUGAAGAUGAAGAGGGCACUGCAUCAGAGCAUGAGGGACAGAACAAAGAACCAGCCAAGAAGAAAAGGAAAAAAUAAAUGAAACGCCUGAGUUAAUGUGAACUUUGGGGCUUCUGCUUUCUUUUCACCCAGCAAGCAACAAUGCCCCCUUGUCCUACAGCCUGCACCAGUGUUGGCAUCUUGGUUCUGAACUAAUUGCACCAUCAGUUAGAGGCAGUCAUUCUUGGCAGGUCCUGCUACUGAAAAAUGGCUGCCCUUAGGCAAGCCCUUUUGCAAAAAAAGCACAGCUGAAAGCCUGAGUUUAGGAGCCUGCACUGCCCCGAUGAAGCUCCACGGGAGCAAAUACAGAGCCUCCAGACAGAGCUAUGGUCCAGGCUGGCUUCAUUUUUCCAGGGAGCCUUUGGUGAGUUCAAUUAUCUGGUAAAUAUCCAGUGCUUCACCUGAAAAAUAGUGCAAAUUGGUUAGGAUGCUUCCUCAAGAAUUGUUAACUCACAGGUCAGAAGUGAGAAAAGGAACUUAAUUAAUGUUAAGGUCAAAAAGUACAGAAGGGUUCAGAGUAAUUGCCAGGAAUGGUAAUGUUACAUUUGGGGAGGAUCUGUUUUCGUUUUUGUAUAAAAUAAGUUUAUCUUAGACACAUAGAAAAUAAGCUUUCUGAUUUACUUGUUUGGCACUCAAAGCACAGUUUUUUCACUUAAGAAUGUACUUUGACUUUAUACAGUAAAUCUUCAAACAUUUC